GGGAAAUGGCUUCAGAGAAUCAGCAGAUAAAAGGACGUCCCAUGAUAAAAGAACCUCCAGGGGGCAGCACUGAGCCGCAUCUCUCUGGGACAAAAUCCACAGCCUCAGUGUCCAGUGCUGUGUCCAUGAAGAGUGACUUGUCUAUAGAUGAACUUCCAGUCUUCAGCCCUGAACCUGCUCCUUCAGACUCACUAUCCACAGGGUCAGUGUCCAGUGCUGUGUCCAUGAAGAGUGACUUGUCUAUAGAUGAACCUCCAGUCUUCAGCCCUGAACCUGCUCCUCCAGACUCACUGUAAGAACAAAUGUCACGCUAAAAUAACAUGGCAUAUAAAGAGAAAUAAGGAUUAUCUGGGCCUGGGAAACUUUAUGCCACAGACACUGACCCUACAGCAGGAGAAUCCCAGAGAAAACCUUUUCUAAAUAAAUCAUAUUGUGAAUAAAACUGUAAUAGAUAAAUAACACAAUGAAAGUAUCUAUAGUGUAUCAUAAUUAUGUGAAGUAUUUUACCCAUUACAGCUGAUGCAUAAAAAGAUACAUCCAAAUACUGAGCCCAAAAUAAUAUUGUUCAUCUCUCUAUUAUUGAACAGUUUGCCAACUCAGUAAUUAUUUUAACAAGAUUUGUACAAUAUGCAUUUAUCUUUGUGAUAUUUUAAGUCUUCUAACAUUCUUAACAGACAAACAAUGGCCAACAAGAUUAAAUUAGUUUGGUUUAUUUGUCAUUUUUAUGUUACAUAAAAACAAAACUGUGUUUCACGGGGAUGACAAUUCAGUGCAACAGUAGAUGAAGUAAAAGUUGUAUAGAGUCCAAUCAGAGUGUCUGAUUUACCAGCCUAACUGCUGUGGGCAGGAAGCUGUGGAGCAUUAGUAACAAUAGUUCUGUAUAGAGAACUAUGUAGAGAAUGUCCUCUUCAACAAAUCAGUCUACUGCUUCGUCCACCUGAGCGUCCAGGAGUUUAUGGCAGCGGUUUACCUGCUCCACUGCUUUGGAAGUGACACACGUGUUGUUCUGAGGUUUCUUGAUGAAAAGAAAAAUAAAACAUUAAGUGCAAGUGAGUUUCUCAAAAGAUCUUUUAACAAAUCCCUGAAGAGUUCAAAUGGCCACCUGAACCUGUUUGUGCGCUUCCUUCAUGGCCUCAGUCUGGACUCCAACCAGAGACUUUUAGGAGGUCUGCUGAGUCCAGUAAACCAAUCAGAAAUCCCAGAAGUUAUUAAAAACUUGAAAGCAAUCAGCUCAAAGGGCGUCUCUCUUGACCAAAACAUCAACAUCUUCCACUGUCUGAUGGAAAUGAAGGAUGAGUCUCUCCUGCAGCAGAUCCAGGACCUCCUGAAGUCUAGAGGAGGAUCACAGGAGGAACUGUCUGAGUUCCAGUGCUCGGCUCUGGCCUACAUGCUGCAGAUGUCAGACCAGGUCCUGGAGGAACUGGACCUACAGAAGUACAAGACGUCUAAAGGGGGUAGACUGAGACUGAUCCCAGCGGUGAGGAACUGCAGGAAGGCUCGGCUUGUUGACUGUGAACUCUCAGAGACUCACUGUGAAGUGGUGGCCUCAGCGCUGAAGUCCAGCCCCUCCCAUCUGAAAGAGCUCGAUCUGAGUCGGAAUGACCUGAGAGACUCUGGAGUGUCUGUGCUGUGUGAUGGACUGCAGAGUCCUCACUGUGAACUCUCCACUCUCAGACUGAAGGACUGUGAUUUGUCAGAGAUGAGCUGUUCCUCUCUGGCCUCAGCUCUGAAGUCCAACCCCUCACAUCUCACACAACUGGAUCUGAGUUGGAACAGACUGUUUGAUUCAGGAGUGUUUCAUCUGUGUGGUUUUCUGCAGAGUCCAGACUGUCGACUGGAGACUCUCAGAUUGAGGUGGUGUGGUUUGUCAGAGAUGAGCUGUUCCUCUCUGGUCUCAGCUCUGAAGUCCAACCCCUCACAUCUCACAAAACUGGAUCUGGGUUUUAACACAGACCUGUCUGAUUCAGGAGUGUCUCAUCUGUGUGGUUUUCUGCAGAGUCCAGACUGUCGACUGGAGACUCUCAGAUUGAAGGAGUGUGGUUUGUCAGAGAUGAGCUGUUCCUCUCUGGCCUCAGCUCUGAAGUCCAACCCCUCACAUCUCACAAAACUGGAUCUGGGUUUUAACACAGACCUGUCUGAUUCAGGAGUGUCUCAUCUGUGUGGUUUUCUGCAGAGUCCAGACUGUCGACUGGAGACUCUCAGGUCAGUUCAGUGUCUCUUACUUGUGUCAUGUUUCUUUCACUAAAGAGCUCGGCCAUAAUAAGCUCUAGUAUUUACUCUGGACUUGGACUCAGAGGUGGACAAUAAUUAUAUUCAAACAAAGUACACUAGAACUUUUCUGGUGGGGUUCUGCCUCCUGCUCGUCUCCAUGGAGAUGAUAUUGUGUUGUCUGGAAUGUUCCACAGUA